GUUUUAAAUGCAAUAGUCUGUUGAGUGUACCAUAGGUCUCAAAAGAAAUAUUGUCAAUAAAUGUCAUCUAAUAAACAUUUGACGUUUGACAUUUGUCAUAGUGAUUCUUUCAAAAGUUUCCCUCACGAAGAGUUGAGGGCGACAAACCGUAACAAUGGGUCGUGUGAUUCGUGCUCAACGUAAAGGUGCCGGUUCAGUUUUCGUAUCGCACACCAAGAAAAGGAAAGGAGCUCCCAAACUCAGAUCCUUAGACUAUGCUGAACGUCAUGGUUAUAUCAAGGGUGUUGUAAAGGAUAUUAUCCACGAUCCUGGUCGUGGUGCACCUUUAGCAGUUGUUCAUUUCCGUGACCCUUACAAGUUUAAGACACGUAAGGAGCUCUUCAUCGCCCCAGAAGGUCUUUACACUGGACAGUUUGUUUACUGUGGAAAGAAGGCUACACUUGAAGUCGGAAAUGUCAUGCCAGUUGGCGCCAUGCCUGAAGGUACCAUUGUAUGUAACCUUGAAGAGAAGAUGGGUGACAGGGGUCGGCUUGCCCGUGCCUCUGGUAACUUUGCCACAGUAAUUGGACACAAUCCUGAUGCUAAGCGUACCAGGGUAAAGCUGCCAUCAGGAGCUAAGAAAGUUCUACCAUCUAGCAACAGAGGAAUGGUUGGUAUUGUUGCUGGCGGUGGUCGUAUUGACAAGCCCAUAUUGAAGGCUGGACGUGCCUACCACAAGUACAAGGUUAAGCGUAACUGCUGGCCAUAUGUACGAGGUGUGUCCAUGAACCCCGUCGAGCAUCCUCACGGAGGUGGUAACCAUCAACAUAUUGGUAAGGCUUCUACGGUCAAGAGAGGAACAUCAGCCGGUCGCAAGGUCGGUCUCAUCGCUGCCCGCAGAACCGGAAGAAUUCGUGGAGGCAAGACAGAAACCAAGAAGGAGGCGUAGGCGUAUAUAUAAUAAAGAGUUUUACAACAA